AUGGAAGCAAAGCUCUUGAGCACCGAUCCCACCACACUGGCCGUCCUCACCCUCUUCGCUCUCCUUGCCUUCACUUCCGGCUUCCAACAAAAAGCCAUGGACAAGCUUCUGAACUUCGAUAGGCUCGUACUCAGCUCCGCGGUCGGCCCCGAGAGCCUUGCCUUUGAUCACUUGGGCGGAGGUCCCUACACUGGGGUCUCUGAUGGUCGCAUUGUUAAAUGGCAGGGCCAAGGCCUUGGUUGGGCUGACUUUGCCGUUCAUUCCAAGUAUAGGGAGCGAGUUUGUCAUGGCUCUAACGAUAGUAUGUUGGAGAGCAUAUGUGGAAGGCCAUUGGGUUUGCAGUUUUACAAGGCGACAGGCGAUCUCUAUGUUGCUGAUGCCUACUUUGGGCUCCUAGUCGUCGCGCCGAACGGAGGGGUGGCGACGCAGCUCGCGACGGGCGCCGAUGGGCAGCCAUUUAACCUCGCUAAUGGUUUGGACGUCGACCAGGAAACCGGGGUGGUGUAUUUCACAGACAGUAGCACUAGAUUCCGCAGGAGGGACUAUAUAUUGGCUGUGAUCAUGGGAGACGCCACUGGAAGGUUGAUGAAUUAUGAUCCCAAAGCCAAGAAGGUGACGGUGCUCAUCAGAGGCCUCGCCUUCCCCAACGGAUUGGCGAUAAGUAAUGACACCACCUUCCUUCUCAUCGCCGAGACCGGCACUUGUAGGGUUCUCAAGUACUGGCUUCAGGGACCAAGGAACGGAACCUUUGAAGUCUUUGCAGAACUCCCUGGUUACCCUGACAACAUUAAGAGGAACCCGGGGGGAGAGUUCUGGGUGGCACUCAACCAGGACAAGGUUCAGUUAAAUGGCCAAACAGCCUCAGACUUUGGGAAGACUGGGGAGCCAUCAGAGCAUCAUCCAGUGGCAUUGAGGUUGAGCCAAGAGGGAAAGGUGUUAGAGGUGCUGGAGAGAAGGGCAGCGACCUCCGUAAGUGAAGUGGAAGAGAGGAAUGGAACUAUGUGGUUGGGUUCUGUAGACAUGCCUUAUGUUGGUGUUUACACUCUUUAGUCCAUUAAACUUUGUUUAUGGUUGGAAACUGCCACUGAAAGAUAUAUUCCUACAUAUGUUUCUAGUUUAUUAGCAGAAACCCAGAAGCAGGGAUUGUAUUUGCAAAUCAGGUCUUGAUUAAUAUUAUUAUCUUUGAUUUUCU